AUUAGAUAUAGAAUGUAGCCAGCUUUCCUUGCUCUGAAGAAUUACAGAGUACAGUUUGUUUUUACAACUGAGUACUAAUUAACAAAUUUUGGAGGCAAUUUAAGUGGCGUUAGCAACGCAAUUAUUAUUCGAUUGAUUGUCUAGAGCCAAUUGAGCUAAGGAUAUACUUGCAUUUCAUCGGGGGAUUUACCCCAACGUCUAUUCCAGCCAACUGAUAGAGUUGCUCAUUACAGUUAGCAUGCCAAUUCCUUUGGAUGUAUUUCAAGUCCCAGAUGAUGUAGCUGAAGCUGAAUUAACCAGUCGUAAAGGUUCAACAGUUUUUCAAAAUUUCAUAUAUGAUUUACCAAUACCAUUCUCAUUGUUACUACUUCUAUGCGGUUUUGGUUAUUUGUUAAUUAUCGGUAUAAUUUAUGCAAUUGUAAAAUCCAUAUUAGCGAACCGUACGCCAAAUGUCAAACCGUCUGUUAAUCAGCUUCAACCUUUUGCUUGUUGCCCAUGUUGUUUAUCAGUUGCUGAUUUAUGCAACUGUUGUAGAGUAACUUCCAUUGAUGCCUGCCUUAAUGGUAUUUGCCCCCAGCGUAAAACUCAUGAUUUUACGGACUUAUUAUUAUGUCAAAUAUGUCUUGGACGGCCUGGUCGAAUGAAAUCGACUGUACCACUUGUCAAAUGUCCUGUAUGUUGUCGAUCAGCCUAUUGUGAAGACACCGUUAUAUGUUGCUUCUUAUGUAAUUUCCGAUCGAAAGCUUUACUUCAGGAGGAAUAGAAUAAAUACUUUGGUUCUUUAUGAUGGUACUAUAUAUGUACUUCUACUGGGAAACAAAUAAAUUCACAAAUGGAUCUUUAUUUUUAUUUUUUGGUAAAAAGAUUUCAUAGAGAG